CUCGGACACAAAUUGCAAUCCCAAAGACAGAACACCGCCACCGCAAAUUCAAAUUAGGUCUCAGUUUUCGCCACCACAACUCAACCACACUCAUUCUCAACUCUCUCUCUCUCUCUCUCUCUCUCAAUCAAACCCAUGUCCAACAGUGCCACUUCUCUUCACAACGAUCUCUUCUCUUCAUUGAUAUCAGACAUCAAGACCUACACAGGCAAAGACCCUCUUCUUCCAUGGCUCAGAGGGGUCCGGAGGAUGAGGGAGUCUCUCCCUCCUCACCUUCUCAGAGAAAAGCUCCCUCGGUUCCUCCAGAAGUGCGCCCAGACCUUUGAAACCGAUCGCCGCUACACGAAUGACUUGCGCUACCUUCGCAUUUGGUUGCAAUUGAUGGAUUUUGUGGGUGAUCCAAGAGCAGUAUUAAGGACAAUGGAAACGAAUCGUAUUGGGAUGAAGAAGGCACUGUUUUAUCAAGCCUAUGCUCUUUAUUACGAGAAGGUGAAGAAGUUUGAGGAUGCUGAUAAGAUAUACCAUUUAGGGGUGCAGAACCUUGCAGAGCCAAUAGACGAGUUGCAAAAAUCAUACGAGCAGUUCCUUCAUCGCAUGGAGCGACACAAGAAAAAGAAAAUACAGAGGCAGGAAAGGGCGACCAAGGGGAUUCUCCGUAUUGGGAGCAUUCCUCCCACGUGUAAUGAUUCUAAACGAACCAAUGAGAAUAUCUGUGGAGAUAUAGGAGCAGAAUCAGAUGUACCCAAGAAGUUUUCCAGUGAAGAUACAGUUGUCGUAAGAAGAUUUGUAGAUACUGCCAUUGUUGGGAAGUCUGAAGCGGAAGAUGCACGCCAUCAUGGUCUGGUGGAACCCACAAUAAACACAAAAGAAGCCUUGAAUAUGAUUAACAACAUGUUUCGAGAACCUAUGGAGCAAGAAUUUGUUAAUAGGAAAUCACAUGGAAGUCGUCCUAAAGCUGGUCAGAGAUUGGACAAAGGAUUUGAGGUAUUUGUUGAUGAAAACUUGAGUGAGGCUGGAUCUUCAAACCAAAAUGGAGAUAAGGGUUUUGUACAAGAACCAUUUCAAAUAUAUAUAGACGAUGACGAAGAAGGCUAUGAAGUGGAGGAUAGGAUGACCGUGAAAGAUCAUUCAGAGAAAAAUUCUCCAGAAGUUAAUGCAUUUGUAUUUCCACGUCCAAAGGAAAUACCGUCAGAAUGUUCCAUUGGGCUAGAUUCAGAGAGAGCACCACAUGCAAGAUUUAGAGAGGAUACAGUAGUUCGUAGAUUUGUGGGGGCCACCAUUUCAGAUGAGCCACAGGUGGAAAAUGUAUGCCACCAUGGCCUAGUGGAGCCCACUGUUAACCUGAAGGAGGCUAUGGAUGAUAUAAAUGGCAUGUUUGGGAAGCCAAUAGAUUUUGUUAGGACUAAUAGAAGGAAAAAGGACAAAGCUCCAAGUAGUAAGAAUAAUUGUGGUGGGUUUGUAAUACUACCUGACGAUGACUUGGAAUAUCAACACGGGCAUUCACGGCCAAGCUCAACUGCAAAAAAUGUAAGUGAUUUGUUCGAGCCAACUGUGUGCACGAAGGAAGCCAUGGACGACAUUAACAAGAUGUUUGGAAUGCCGUUAGACUUCUAGUGCAAGAUAACACUGACUUUAGCAGCUGGGAUUGGCUCAGCUUAGACCAUGUUCUGUAGUGCUGGCAGCCCUGGCAAUAGACCAUUCCUUCCAUCACGACGUCUACGCUCUGCCCAGCUGUUUUGGCAGGGACUUGGUCUCAUCGGCAGAUAUUGCUUGGAAGGAAUAAGUGAGCAGGAGGAAAGAGGUGACGAUCAUGGUCUCCAUUCUUGCCAUGUUGUAAGGGGUGAUUGGAGAUUGAGACUUAAGUAGGUUUUUUUGGAUGGAUGGAGAUGGUAUUUAUGGUUUUCUGUCUGUGAAAAUGUUUGGUGUUUUCAUGGUAGCUGUGGUGUUCAAAAUUGUUGUGUACGUGAGGGCCACCUUCACUUGUUCAAUUGUCUACUUGGUUGUAGUAUUCUGGUUAUCUUCUUAAUCCCAUGACCGACAUUGGGUUUUAUGUAGUUAUGGCAAUUUCAUGCCUGCA